GUUUUUUAUCAUCAUGGGAAUCAUUUCCUUGACUGUCACAUGUGGUUUGCUGGUGGCUUCCCACUGGCGAAGAGAAGCUACAAAGUAUGCUCGAUGGAUAGCCUUCACUGGAAGUGUUGCUACGAAGCAUGAAGCAGGCCUCUCCCCCUUCCAGUUUUCAUAUUCUGUUUCUUGGUGUCUGUCUUCUGGAGAAUUUCCUCUGCCCGUUGGCUUCCCUGAGAGACAUUUGAGCCUCUCACUCACAGUUAAAAGGCGGAAGAACAAAGAGGGAAGAGUUGGCUCUCGUUAAGAGCACAGUUGUGCAACCGUGAGGACCUGAGCCCAGUUCUCAGUCCCCACGAGACAAGCCAAGUGUGCUGCCGUGCAUGCCUAUAAACCCUAGCGCCGUGAGGGACGGACAGGAGGACUGCCAGCCUGGCCAAAACACGUGAGGUUUGGGUUCAAGAGCAGACCUUACCUUAAAGGAAGAAAGUGGAGGAUGAUAGAGGAAGACACGACGCCCUCGUCUGGCCUCUGCGCAUCCAUGUGUGCAUGUGGCAACCACACUCACAAAAGGAAAAAGCAAAACUGUUGGAAAACUGUCUUUCAUCAGGCCAUGUGACUUCAUGGUUAAUCCCUCCUGGCUGCAGAGCUGGACUGCAGCCACUUCAACAGUACAGUCAGUCGUAUGAUUGGCUCAGGAAGCAUGAUGGCAUGUGACCAAGGAGCCAAGCUUAGGACUUAGCUGGAACUCCUGGGAAGAAAGCUCUUCCACUAUUGAUAAGUUGCUGGGGGAGAAAUUGGUACCACUGUGUCCAUAUUAUCCGGCUACACCUGAGGAUCCUGCCUGAGAAUUGAGCCAUCACAAAAGAAGGGGUGACAAUUGAGCCAUCACAAAAGAAGGGGUGACAAUUGAGCCAUCACAAAAGAAGGGGAGCUGAGCCACGAAGACAGUUUUGUUAGCAUCAUAGUAGCCAAAACCAGAACUGUCUGAACUGUGUGUUACUUACACAAAUAAGUCUCAUCACUACCACCUCCCUUAGCCAGUCUGAGUUCGUUUCUGUCCCCUAAAAGGACCUCGAUAUCCUCCCACCUUCCUCUUGACGUUAAAAACAUUCUUUACCUCCCCUCCUUUGGCAUGUCACUCUUAGUCAGCUCUGGCUUUUAAAAAAGCAACUGAUGGCUGGAGAGAUGGCUCAGUCAGCAGUUAAGAGCACUGGCUGCUCUUCCAGAGGUCCUGAGUUCAAUUGCCAGCAACCACAUGAUGACUCACAACCAUCUAUGAUGGGAUCUGAUGCCCUCUUCUGGCAUGUAGAUGUAUUUGCAAACGGAACACUCAUGCAUAAAAAAUGCACAAAUAAAAACUUUAAAAGCAACUGACUUCAUGCUUCUGCUUAACCCCACAAAAAGCAUCAGUUCUUCAGUCUGAAGUAAAGAAAAAUACAAGUUAAUCUCUCAAAAAUAUAUCCCGCCAUAGCGUGGGGAUAAUGUUACCUUAAGAGAAAGACCAGAGAUGGGUGAAUGGACCCUGACCAGCUCCCAAGAACUAAUGGUAAGAAAACAGAUACACCUACUCAGGCAGUGGUAUGUGGCUUUAAUCCCAGAACUCGGGAGGCAGAGGCAGGUGGAUCUCUGAGUUUGAGGCCAGCAAGGGCUACAUAGAGAAAAACACUAUCUCAGAAAAAAAGAAGAAGAAAGUGAGGAAACAGACACACCCCUGUUGAACUUUGAUAGCUUUUGAGAGGGACACUCUAAGGAGAACUUCCUGCUGGGUGUGGUGACAGGUGCCUGCCGUCCCAGCAGGUGGGAGGCCAAGGCAAGAAUGACAGAUGUUAGUGGCUGCGCAUCGAGAGCCUGUCUUUUCAAGAAAUGAAAAUAAUGACACACAUUAUUUCCCCUCCUCUGUUGAUCUCUGUAAACUUCCCUCCGCUUUCUUUGUAGCAUAGGUGUAUCCAGAAUGUGCUGUGUGAGCUCAGGUUAAAGAAAGCAGCAGGAGUACUCAGUGUUCGGUUUCACUUGAAAUGUUAACAACCCUGUGAAUCAGACACAAGGGAGAUGAAGGAAGUAAAUUACCUGUCAGGGACCCCUACAUUUCAAAAAAAUGAUGCUUCGAAUUAGCCAGCUUCCAUUCAGGAGUUUUCUUCCCCUGACCCCUACCCCAGCAUUUUUAGACAAGGUCUCACUGUAUACAAGCUGGCCUUGAACUUGAAAUCGCAUGACCUUGGCCUCCCACCUAGGAUUCUCCCCAAGAUGGGUGCAGGGGCCCUCUGACCUCUUCACACCGUCGCCGGCUGGGUGCUCAUGGCCCUGUGAUCCCUCCCUGUUUCUGACCUGCCCCUCAGCUGCCUUGUUGGUGUCUGCAGAGUGCUACACGCCCUUUGCAAGCUGGAGAACCUGACAGUCAACAGUUUCUGUUUGGGAAGUUUGCUUGUUGCUGACCUGGCCUGGAGUGAACACCUGAAAGAUAAGUCCCCAAGUAGCAGGAGUUCCAGCUUCUGAAGGGGAGGGUUCCAGAAAUGAAAAGUGAUUAGAGACUGACUUGGGAUCAAAAGAGCUUAGCCACUGACUAGAGCUGGUGGACACUGGGUGGAUCCCCUCAUCUCUGUAGAAGGAGUCUGAACCCAUGUGCUAAGCGCUGGUUACAUCACAAUCACUUGAGGCCAUUGUUAAAGGGUCCUGUUGCCACACUGUAGCACAGUUCUGGGCCACUCUCCUAAAUGAGACCGGACAACCCAGGUGAUUCCUCCCUGGGUUUAGGAACCGCUGGAGUGAAUAACUCAACAGAACCUUGCCCAGGAGUCACUGACCUGACUGCGAGUGGGGCUGGGCCUGGUGUGGGCGGAGGCUGCCCAAUCUCUCUCCUGGGGCUAGUUCCCAGUUCUCUGGGGAACUGACGAGGAAAGCCCUAGGGCCUCCAUAUGUCUUUCCCUCCAUUCCUGCCACAAGAAGGCAGCAGGGCUCUACUGGCCUAAACCAUAGACUGGGCUGACCCCGAGCUUCCAAAAGUAGAAAAGCAGGUCAUGUCCUGCCUUUAUAGAGGAAGAAAUUCAGGUUAACCUGCGGAGAGGCUUACAGCAACAGAGGAACCCCUUCUUCCCUGGGGUGAGCAAGCUCUUUGCCUUUCCUGGCCCCAAGCUGCUGCGGUGCAGCCUGUUACCUUGGAGACCAGCUAACACUUAUCUCACAGGCAAGUGGCACUGUAGAGUUGUUUGGAGGAGCUUGGAGCAAGGAGAAGUAGGAGCCAGGAGAAGAGGCGUCCUGCUGUGCCUUCCCCAAAGAUGAAGCUAUAAAUGAAGAAAUGCAGAUGGAGCAUGGACAGAAACACUGACAGAGAUCCACAGAAACAACUGGACCAGAAGGCUAUGGAUGCACUUGCCCGAAAUCCACACGAUGGAUUGCUGGUUACACACAUUAACCAGACCCAGGACCUACUGAGCAGCGAGAGGGUCCUGAUUGCCCAACACCGAGCUUGUAGUGUCCUCCAGGAGCUGCAGGGAAGUGAGACUCGGGCAGCAGCUCUGGGAGACUCUGAAGACUGGCUCUCAACUCACAGUUUGAAGUUUGAGAAACUUACCUUGGCUGACCUGAUAAGCCAGGGCACAGUUGAGCUGGAGGAGUGUGGCAAUGCCAUGCCCAAAGUGCAUUUCUCCACCCAGACCGUCCGCCACUUUGAAUCAAGGCUUUCUGACACUAUCGAACUCUAUGAGCAGAGGAUGCGCUGGCUCACAGAGAACAGCAGGAAGGCAUUUGGCCUCAUCAAGGGAACAAGAGUGGGACUCCUCAUCGAUGCGUCCCAGGUCAGCAGUGGCCCUCAGAUAGAAGAAUUCCAAAAUGACCUGAUAAGUCUCAUUGAUGAGCAACUGAGCCUCAAGGAAAAGUUGUAUGUCCUGUCCUUCGGUGUCACCACCAAACCCCUCUGGCUGGACCCCGUGGAAGUCAACGCAUCCACCCUCCAGGAACUCAAGCUCUGGGUAAAGAAGCUGCAGCCUGAGGGAAGCUGCAAUCUGCUACAAGCCUUGAAGAAAGUCUUUGCUCACAAGGAGCUGAAUUCUCUGGUGACCAUAUUGAGAAGCUGUCCAGAUCAGCCUUCUGAAUUCCUGUCUGACUACAUCCAGCAGUCCACCAUAGGACGGGACCUCUUCAUUCAUGUCACCACCUACAAAUGCAAUGAUCAUGUGCCCUCUGCUGUUCUGAAGAACCUCACAGACGCGCUUUGGGGCUACCACCACUGCUACAGCUCAGAAUCAGAGUUCUAUACCAGUAGGGAUGUGGAUGAGCUCCUAGCAGAAACCCAGAAGGCUCAAGACCUCCUCAGCCAGGUGCAAACCCUGUGCCAGAACAGCCCAUGUGAGGAGCUGGCCUGCAUGAUCCAGAAAAUCUCUACAGAGAUUGUGAAAGGCCCAUUCACAAGUCUCUUGCCUAAACCUCCAAAGCAUGAAGCUCCUCUCACAAUCGAGUUCCCAGACUUGGACAAGACUUCUGCAGAAUGGCUGAAAGUCAAUGGUCUAAAAGCCAAGAAGUUAAGCCUUUAUCAGAUUCUGGCACCAAACGCCUUCAGUACUGUGGAAGAAUUUGUGCCUAUUCUCCAGAAAACAGUGUCAGCUACUAUCCAUGAGAAAGCAAUGAUACAAUUUGAAUGGCAUGAUGGGACAGUGAAGAAUAUCCAUGUGGAACCACCCUUCCUCUAUGAGUACCAGAAGCAGCUUGGGCGAGCUGUGCAGAUGUACGAGAGGCGCCUGGAGUGGCUCUCCCUGGCCAGCAGGAGAAUCUGGGGCACUGUCUGCGAAAGGAGGGUUGUUAUACUGCUGGAUGUCUCGGUGACCAAUUCCAUGUACAUUAUUCAUAUCCAGCACUCCCUGCGAAUGCUGCUAGAGGAGCAGCUGUCCAACAAAGACCACUUCAACAUCAUCGCGUUUGGAAGUACAAUUGAGAGCUGGAGGCCUGAGAUGGUUCCCGUGAGCCAUGACAACUUACAGAACGCCUGGCGGUGGGCUCUGGGCCUCCGGUGUCAAGGAAGCAGAAAUGUCCUCAGCGCCCUGCGGAAGGCCAUAGAAGUAGACUUCAAGGACAAGGACAAACAUGAGUCUCAGGGCAUCUACCUCUUCACAGGGGGUGUUCCUGACCAAGAUGUGUCCACGCUCAGCGCCUAUGUGGCAGAGGCCUGUGGAGGUUGCGACCUCCAUCUGAAUGUCUGUCUGUUCUACGUGGGUGAACCACGACUGGACACCACGCCCCCUGCCUGCUACGCCAGCCGCAAGGACACGGCUACUGCCUACAAAGAGAUCACCCGGGCUGCCCAAGGUCGCCUCCACUGGUUUGGAGAAACAGGUAUUUAUGAGAGUGAUGACAUCAGUGCUAUCAUAUCCGAGAUAGAAAAAGCCCUCACCUACUCCCAAAAGUGUGCCCUCCUCGUGGCCUCCCUGAAGAACCAUUCAGGAAAAGAAGUGCAAAGUGCAGCCCUUCAGAAAGACAAGCCAAAGAUGCUCAAGCAAAGUUCGUCCAAGAAUCUCUGUCCUCCCAAGCCCACAGCCCCCUCGGUGGCCAGAAUGAACAUUAGAGAUGACCUGAAUGGCGACAAGAGCCCCCAAAUGAAAGCUCUGAAGUGUCAUCCCCCCAGUGGCAAAGCAAGCAUCUCUUCAGCUGCAGUUCAUCCUGGGAAAGAAGGGAUGGUGGAACAGAGGAGGAAGGCCAAGCCCGGGGCAGAUGAUACAGCUCUCUCUGUGUUCAGCACAGACUCGGGGAAUAGUGUGGGUUCUAUGUCCAAGAGGUACCCUCAAGGGAAGUUUGUUAGAAGGGCUAACUCUUGUAUUGAGCUGCCCAGGAAGGAUGCUGUUUGCUCAAGUCGAGAGUGGAUAGCCACCUGCGGGCUGAAGAAACUGAAGCUGGAGCUCUCCAGAUGUCUCGGGCCCCACUGUGGAAGUCAAAGGUCAGCACGCAGGGCAGCCAAACACUGCACUCUCUUCCCCAGUGUAGAGAUCCACGGAGUGGUUAAGCACAUCCGGUGGACACUGCGGGAAAUGGAGGAGUACAUCACGUGCAUGGAGAAGAUGCUGAGGUGUUAUGUGAAAAGGCUGCAGUGGCUGCUGUCUGGGAGCCGCAGGCUGUUUGGCACCAUCUUGGAAAGCAACGUGUGCAUCGUGCUGGACACGUCGGGCUCCAUGGGCCCCCACUUGCAGCAGAUGAAGACAGAGAUGAUUCUGCUGAUUUGGGAGCAGCUGAGGAAGCACUGUGACAGUUUUAACCUGCUCAGCUUUGCCAAGGACCUGAAGCCAUGGCAGAACACUCUGGUGGAGACCACAGAAUCAGCGUGUCACGAGGCUAUGCAGUGGGUGACCCGCUUACAAGCCCACGGGAACACUUCAUUCUUAUCCGCUUUAAUGAAAGCCUUCAGCUUUCAGGAUAUGCAAGGCCUGUACCUCCUAACUGACGGAAAGCCAGACACAAGCUGCAGCCUUAUUCUUGACACUGUGCAAAGGCUGUGGAAGGGGAGAGACGUCAAAGUGCAUACUAUCUCCCUGACGAGCACAGACAGAGCAGCAGUUGAGUUCCUGAGGAAGCUGGCCUCCCUCAGCGGAGGACGUUACCACUGCCCUGUGAGUGAGGACACCCUCAGCGGGAUUCAUGGCUUGCUCACCAGAGGCUUCAUCAAGGAAGGGGACCCCAAGUUGCCGCUGUUUGAAGGGGAUGAUUUAAAGAUACUGGCCCAGGAGGUCAACAAGGCUAGAAGCCUCCUUAAGCAAGCCCAGGUCUUCAGAUCCCAGCUGCUGAAGAAAAAUAACGCGGAACCAAAGGUCAUUCUUUGCUAGAGACAUGUUCUCAGGCACAGCUCAGAUGGCAUCGGUUCCACUGUGAAGAUGUCCCUGGUACCCAUCCAGAGCUAAGGACCUCCAGGCACAUCUGGAUGCUUCUGGCCUUCCUCUUCUUCUGGCUUUCCCAACCAGCUAUGCCUCUUGGGGCAUUCAGCACUGUAGACUGUGAUGUCCUGCUCAGUGUCCUAACUCUUUUUGACCACAGUUCCCUCUCCGCAAGAAGCUACUGUCUUAACUAUCCAUGGGUUUCCAGAACCUGCCAUAUGGCAGUCACAUGGUAAGCAGUGAACACCCAGCUGGAUGUAGCAACCCAUCUCUGGAUAACAGCCUGAUGAGGCUGCUUCUCUUGGUUCCUCUCUAUACUUCUUACCACCCAGAUCCAUGGGCAAAGGCAGGCAGCAGCAGCCUAGCUUGGGGGAAGACACAGCCAAGAGCCAAGCCCCAUCACCACCACCAUCACCUGCUAACCAGAGGCUACUAUGGAUCCAGUCCAGAGCAAAUGCUCUGCUCAGCCUCUGAAAGGCAGAUGCAUCCUUUGAACCUGGCUAUACCAUGUACACAUGAGUGGGAACAUCGUGUGUUCAAUGAUCUGGGAUCAUUUCCUAAAAUGAGAAAAUUGCUUUUACUAAUAGAGUCAAACUGACUUCAAA